AUGGAUAAGAGUUGGAUGUGGAAAGAUAGAAGAAGUGGUGAAUUUGAAAAGGGUUUGGAAUUAUUCUUAAACUAUGCAUUUAAGCAUUCAAGUCAUGGGAAUGGAAUGAUUGCUUGUCCAUGUUCAGAAUGUAAAUGUGGAGUAUGUGUGUCUAGGGCAGAUGCAAAAAUUCAUUUGAAGGUAUUUGGAUUUCUUAAGGGAUACACACAGUGGGUAGCUCAUGGGGAAUUUGUAUACUCUUCUGCACCGAUACAGACCUCAGACAAUGUUCCUCAUAACGUAUCUGAUAUAGGUGAUGACAUGAAUGGUCUAGUUCAUGAAGCCUUAGGAAUACCUCAACAAGAUCCUGCUAUGGCUGGUACAUUUGAAUCUAAUCAGGAACUACCGAAUUCAGUUGCUGAAAAGUUUUAUAAGUUAAUUGAUGAUUCUCAACAAGAACUCUACCCUGGUUGUAAAAAUUUUUCCAAGAUUUCGUUCAUAAUUCGCUUGCUUCACUUGAAGUGUCUGGGUAAAUGGAGUAACAAAAUCUUUGAUAUGCUUCCUGAUUUGUUAAGAGAAGCAUUUCUUGAAGCCAUGGAAAAAUUGCCUAAAUCUUACUAUGAGUCUGAAAAAUUAAUGAAAGAAUUAGGACUUGGAUAUGAAAAGUAUGAUGCUUGUCCUAAUGAUUGCACUUUGUAUUGGGGGGUAAAUGCAAAAAGAACUUGUUGUGAAACAUGCAAAGAACUUAGAUGGGAAGCAUCAGAAAAUGAUCCAUCCGGUGAGAAAAGAAAAGUCGCACGUAAGGUUUUAUGGCAUUUUCCACUAAAACCCAGGUUGCAACGUUUAUUUAUGUCAUCUAAAACUGCAAAGCAUAUGAGAUGGCACUCGGAGGGUCGUACUAAGGAUGGUUAUAUGAGGCACCCUGCUGAUUCCCCAGCUUGGAAAACUUUCGAUUAUCAGCAUACAAAUUUUUCUAAGGAUUCUCGUAAUGUUAGGUUGGGAUUGGCUUCCGAUGGAUUUAAUCCAUUCAAAAGUAUGAGCUCUACUCAUAGUACAUGGCUGGUGAUUUUGAUACCUUAUAAUUUACCGCCUUGGAUGUGUAUGAAACAGCCAUAUUUAAUGUUGUCAUUGUUGAUACCAGGUCCACAUGCUCCUGGUAAUGAUAUUGAUGUAUAUUUACAACCUCUAAUCAAAGAAUUGAAAGAAUUGUGGGAGAUGGGGAUCAAUACAUAUGAUGCAUCUUGCAAACAAAACUUUCAAUUAAGAGUAGCAUUAUUAUGGACUAUCAGUGAUUUUCCUGGCUAUGCAGUUUUAUCCGGUUGGAGUACUAAAGGAAAAUAUGCAUGCCCUGUUUGUCAUAAACACACAACUUCACAACGGUUAAGGCAUAAGGAUUGUUAUAUGGGCCAUAGAAAAUUUUUGGAUCCGGCUCAUACUUUUAGGAAGAAUUCUCGAGCUUUUAAUGGAAAGGAAGAACAUGGGAGAGCUCCUGAAAAAUUGAUGGGGUCUACAAUUUUAUCUGAAUUGAAAAAUUUUCAAAUCAGAUUUGGAAAAUUAGUUGAUGAUAAUCCAACAUUGCCAUUCAGUUGGAAAAAGUUGAGCAUUUUCUUUGAUCUUCCUUAUUGGAAAGAUAAUAACAUAUAA